AUUAAAACGAAAGGGAAUAGACCUUAAAGUUACAAAAAAACAAACAACAUGGAUCCAGAUCUGCCUGUUUGAGCUUCGUAGAUCACAUCACAUCAAUUCAAUUCAUUCCAAUGGCUUCAUCUUCUUCUUCAAGUGUUGUACCAACAAGAAGAAAAGGGGGAUGGACAUAUGAUGUGUUUCUAAGCUUCAGGGGCGAAGACACCCGCAACAACUUUGUUGAUCAUCUUUUUGCUGCUCUAGUUCAGAAAGGAAUACACACCUUCAAAGACGACAAGAUGCUCGGUGGAGGACAGCCCAUCUCUCAAGAGCUAUUGAAAGCCAUCAGAGAAUCAAGGUGGGCUGUUGUUGUUUUCUCCAAAAACUACGCCAACUCUUCUUGGUGCUUGGAUGAGCUUUCCUACAUCAUGGAAUGCCACAAUCAGAUGGGUCAAAAGGUGUUACCUGUGUUCUACCAUGUGGAUCCGUCCGAUGUUCGCAAACAGAAAGGAGAUUUCGCAUCGGCAGGCAAGUGGAGUGAUGCUUUAAGAGCAGCUGCCAAUUUAUCGGGUCAACAUAUCUUGCCUCACUAUGGGGGUGAAUCAGCAUUUAUAACCAAAAUUGUCGAAGAGAUAUUAGCCGAUAGACAACCUCGUGGUGGUAGUAGGGAAAACCAUCUAAUUGGUAUACGGCCUCGUAUUGAUGCCUUAAUUUCCUUAUUGAAGAUGGAGGCAACAGAAGAGGUCCGCAUUGUGGGGAUAUGGGGAAUGGGUGGGAUCGGCAAGACGACUAUUGCCCGGGCCUUGUAUAAGAGAAUCGCUCAUAAGUUUCAGGGUAGUAGCUUUGUUACCAAUGUUAGAGAGAAUAGCUCUAGUAAAAAGGAUAUAUGUGCUUUACAACGAAAGAUUUUAGAAGACAUUCUUGGUUCGUCUAGCGGGUUUGGGAUUCAUGAUCCAGAGGAUGGAGGCGAAGUGAUACAAGAAAGAUGUUGUAGUAAAAAGGUUCUUCUUGUUCUUGAUGACAUCAAUGAUGUCAAGCAAUUAGAGUUCCUAUGUGCAACACGUGAGUGGUUUGGUCCAGGUAGUAGAAUCAUUAUAACCACCAGGGAUCAGCAUUUGUUAUCAUAUGCUGAUGCUGACAACAAGUACAAACCUGCUCUUUUAGGUACAGAUCAAGCUCUUGAGCUCUUCUGUAAGCAUGCUUUUAAGAUAAGUAGCCCUCCAGAUGAAUAUAUGGAUCUCAUAAAUCGUGCAAUAAACUAUACACAUGGUCUCCCUCUGGCCUUGAAAGUUUUGGGUUCUUUUUUAUGUGGGAGAAAAGCAAGUGUGUGGGGAAGUGCUUUGGAUACACUAGCAAAAACACCAAGUGCUGAGGUUUUGGACACGCUGAAGUUAAGUUUUGAUUAUCUAAAUGUUUCCGAGAAACAAAUAUUCCUAGACAUUGCAUGUUUCUACAAGGGGAAAGAUGUAAAUGAUGUUACUAGAAUACUUGAUGGCUUUGGCUUUAACCCGAUUAUAGGGAUUAGCGUUCUUGUUGAAAAAUCUCUUAUAACCAUCUCAUCAAACAAUAAACUAGGUAUGCAUGAUCUCAUACAAGAAAUGGGUUGGAUAGUAGUUCAAGCAAGUGCUAGGAAUAGCAGGCUAUGUGAUCUCGAAACGAUCCAUGAUGUAAUCAAUAGUUUAAGCCAGAAGGAACUUGAAUUAAUUGAGGGCGUAGUGCUGCCCCUAUGGAAAGAAAUUAAGGAGAGUUUGAGUGCGGAUGUUUUUAAAAGCAUGAAGAAUUUUCGGGUACUUGAUUGUUACGGAAAGUUCACUUCUUGUGAACCUAGUUUUCUCCCUGAUGGGUUACGCUGGUUUUGUUGGAAAUCAUACCCAUUCUCUUCUCUGCCCGUGGCACACAUGAGUAAGCUUGUUGGGCUUGAAAUGGAGUGGGGCAACAUUAAACAUUUAUGGGAGGGGAAAAAGAUCAUGCUACAGAACUUGAAAUUCAUUAACCUUAGAAACUGUGGAUCCCUGAAAAGGUUUCCAGAUGUAUCAGGGGCACCAAAUAUCGAGAGAUUGGAUUUGUCAGCGUGUGGGGAUCUAGUGGAGGUUGAUGAGUCUGUUGGGAGUCUGAAAAAGCUUAUUUACUGGGACAUGACUUUAUGCUAUAAACUCAAGUGUCUCCCAUCCAUGCUCCAGAUGGAUUCCUUGGAGACCCUCAUUUUACCUCGGUGUCAUUCUCUUAAAAGAAUCCCAGGGUUCUCGCCAUGUAUGGUCAAUCUAUCUAAAAUUGAUAUUACUGAGUGUUAUAAAAUAGAAGAAGUGCCAUCGUCCAUAAAACAUCUCUCUAAUCUAAGCUACUUGAAUCUCGAUCUCUGUAGUUUUAAGAACAUCCCAAACUCAAUUUCAGAGUUAAAGUAUCUCAACACCAUUAGCCUUUCUUCUUGUAAGGAACUACAGAAAUUGCCGGAUGAUUUUCAAAACAUGGAAAGUCUAGAAAUGCUUCACAUAGACUCCAUUCACAUUCAUGCUUUGACAAAUUUUCCUUACUUGAGAAAGUUACAUCUUGUUGGUCCAUUAGAACACACCGAUUUCCCCAAAAAUCUGCGUGGCCUUUCCUCCUUGGAAGAAUUACAUAUAAGGCGCAACUUUUGGUUAUACCACUUACCUGAAAGCAUCUCCCAUCUUUCUAGUCUUAAACUCCUCCUGAUCGAGAAUAAUAUUGACCAUAUCGGACUUGUAACUUUACAUGGCCUCCCACCAGGAAUACAAGUAUUGACAGUAUAUGGUUGCAAAACACUGGAAAAGAUUGAAGAUCUGUCAAAAGAGUACAACUUUUUGAAUAAGAUACAGAUCUCAGAUUGUCGGAAACUGCUAAAAAAUGAAGAGAAUGGAAGACACUUGGAUAAGAUGUUGGACCAAUCUUUCCUUAAGAAGCGUGCUGCAGUUGAUGGUUGUUUAAAUAUCCACAUUCCCGGAAGAAAUAUUCCAAGUUGGUUCAAAGAACAACAAAAUGGGCACAAGAUAGCAUUGAAGUUACCUCCCAAAUGGCAAUCUGAAAUCCUUGGGUUUGCUGUCUGUUAUGUUUCAAGAACGUUAGUUGAGCCUUACAUAAAGUUGAGUUUUGAAAAUGAUGAAAUGUUGUUUUCAAAGUCAAAGGCUUAUAAUAAUAUAAACGAAACGAGAGAAGUUGAAUGGCAGCUGUGGAUUGGUUAUAUACCGUAUAGUUUGUUUGAGCGGUUCCAAGGAGGUAAUGAUAAUGAUUUCGAAGGUGAAGAUUGGUUUCAUAUGACCCAAGGUCAUUUUGUCUUUGAAGUAUCGAACUAUUUAUCAACGCCUGUUGAAAGGUGUGGGGCAAAAGUUGUCUACAAAGAAGACGUGGCAUCCAUCCAACAAACGUCUCCCUCUAUUUCUUCUUUUUAUUGGAGCUGGAAGUUUACAAAAGAUGAGUUCACCAAUUCAUUCAAGUGUUCCAUUGGAUGAAUUUCUUCAAACUAUACGCGAGUGAUGAGGGUAUCACAUUUUUAGCAUGUACUCAACUGCAAAUGACACCUCUGAUGGCAAUUGGUAUACUUUUGUUUUGCUUCCCCUUUAUUUUUUCAAUUGUGCUAUCUUAUUUCUGUUUGGAGUUUAUCUAUACAACAACAAUCCGGAAAGAAUUUCGAAGCUGUAAUAGUGUUGCUUUCAUUAGUUGAAUUAUACGUGAAAAUUUUUCCGCCUGCAUUAAUUGUCGACUAAUAUGUGACGCCCUUGAGAAAAUCCAUUCUGCUCAUCGGCCUGUAGCAAUUUUUAGAGGUAGUUGUUUCCCAUAUGGUGAUAUAUAUAGUACAAAUCAACAUGUUUAAAAAUAA